UGAAUCAUGCCUCGCACAAAAGAGCUCUCAGAAGACCUAUGAUCAAGAAUUGUUGACUUACAUGAAGCUGGAAAAGAUAGGCGUCUUGGCUGCAUCGAUUGUGACACUGAUCCUCGGUCUGGGACUCGGUCUUGGAUUGGAUUUACAGAGAUGUCGAAACGAAGUCGUUCCUCAAACAUCCUGCAGGAAUCGCUGCAACGAGCCCUACGACGGCGAGGUCCCUGGAUGUAGAUGUGACGUCAACUGCAAAGCCAGCAAAAGCUGCUGCUUUGACUACUACGACAUCUGCACCGUACCUACCCAGCAGUGGGAGUGCACAAAGCUGCGCUGUGGAGAGAAGAGGCUGACGGAGAGCAGAUGUCACUGCUCCGAUGACUGUCUGUCUGCAGGAGACUGCUGCACUAACUACCAACAUGUCUGCCGCGGAAAGACAGAGUGGGUGGAGGAUAAGUGCGAGGACCUGUCAAACUCCACAUGUCCAGCAGGCUUUGAGCGGCAGCCUCUGCUCCUCGUCUCUUUGGAUGGAUUGAGGGCUGAGUACCUGCGGACAUGGAGCAAGCUUAUCCCUGUUCUGGACAAACUCAAGAGGUGCGGAACCUCGGCUGAGUACAUGCAGGCAGCAUUUCCUAGCAAGACUUUCCCCAAUCACUACACCAUUGUUACGGGUCUAUACCCAGAGUCUAAUGGUUUGAUUGACAACACUAUGUACGACCCAGUAUUUGACGCCACCUUCAGUCUGUCCAAUUCAGAGAAAGACAAUCCUGCCUGGUACCUUGGACAGCCUAUUUGGCAUACAGCAAAGUACCAGGGGCUGAAAUCAGGGACUUUCUUCUGGCCAGGAUCAGAUGUCAAAAUUAACAACAGCUUCCCCGACAUCUACCAGCCUUAUAAUGGUAAAGUGCCAUUUGAAGAAAGAGUAUUCAAUGUGCUGAAGUGGCUGCAGCUGCCAGAUGAUGAGAGACCAGAUUUCUUCACGUUGUAUCUGGAGGAGCCGGAUAAAUCUGGACACAGUUUUGGUCCUGUCAGCGGAGGGCUGAUUGAAGGACUCCAGGGUGUAGAUAAGAUCAUCGGCCAGCUCAUGAAUGGCCUCAAGCAGAUUGGCCUGGACCGCUGUCUCAAUAUCAUCAUCGUGGCUGAUCAUGGUAUGGAGGACACAAGCUGCGACAGGAAGGAGGUGCUGCAGGAUAUGGUGGGCGACAUCAGCAAGUAUUGGGUCACGGAAGGAACACUCGGACGCAUCAGAGCUAAAAACAAAGACACAGUCUUGGACUCAGCUGGACUUGUUGCUAACAUGACUUGUAAGAAGCCAGACCAAAAGAUCAAGCCUUACCUGAAAGCCAACCUACCGAAGCGCCUCCACUUCGCCAACAGCCGUCGCAUCGAAGACGUCAGCGUCUUGGUCGACCCAAAAUGGCUGUUUGAGAGAUAUCCAGGAUCUCUCACAUUUUGUGCUGGCGGGGCACAUGGCUAUGACAACGAUGCUGAGAGCAUGCAUGCCAUUUUUCUCAGUUAUGGACCCAAGUUUCAGUACGAAACAGAAAUCGAACCUUUCUCCAACAUCGAGUUGUACAAUCUCAUGUGUGAUGUGCUGCAGAUCUCUCCAACUGUCAACAACGGGACCCACGGCAGUAUGAACCACGUCCUGAGGCAGCCUUACCACAUACCGAUGUCCCCUGUAGAGAAGAGCACGCCUGUUAAUUGUUCACUAGUCAGCCUCAAAACUUCAGACACCCUUGGAUGCUCUUGUUCUGCCCUGAAUGGAACAGUGGAGUUGAUGAACAGCCGUCUGAAUCUGACAGCAGAUGAAAAGUCUGCUGCAGAGAAUAAGCACAUGCUGUUUGGUCGCCCCCAGAUGCUGCAGCCUGACCAGAGUUACUGCAUCCUUCAUCAGGAGGGAUUCGUCGCUGCCUAUAGCCACAAAGCCUUAAUGCCUCUGUGGAGCUCCUUUACUAUCAACAAGCCGUUAAACCUGGACCCGUUACCACCAGUGACUCCAGACUGCUUGAGGGCUGACGUCAGACUUCCAGCGUCCCAGAUUCCUAGAUGUGACCAGUAUGAUGCCGCUGGGAAUCUGACCCACGCCUUCCUGUACCCUCCCAAUCUAAAUGUGACAGUGGACCAGCAGUAUGAUGCUCUACUGAUGACUAAUGUGGUGCCAAUGUACCCUGAGUUUAAGAAAAUCUGGGACUAUUUCCACAGCAGCCUGCUAAAGAAAUAUGCUUCUGUUUAUAAUGGCAUUAACGUGGUGUCAGGCCCUGUCUUCGAUUACAACUAUGACGGUCACUAUGAUACUCCAGAGCAGAUUCACCAGUUCGUGUCCGGUACCAACAUCCCCGUCCCUACACACUAUUUUGCUGUGCUGACUAGCUGCAAGAACUCAUCCCAACCUGUGAAUGCGUGUGAGCUGCAGACUGUGUCCUUCUUGCUGCCUCACAACUCCAACAACUCUGAAAGCUGCAAAAGUACAGAAGCUGAAUCUCUCUGGGUGGAAGAUCUCAUGUGGUUCCACCAAUCACGAGUCAGAGAUGUUGAGUUGAUCACAGGAUUGGACUUUUACCAAGGCAGCAAUCGACCAAUCCCUGAGCUGCUGCGUGUGAAGACCCGCCCUACCGCUGCCAUUCACAGAAAACAAUGAAAAAUGAAUUUUAAAAAUAAAACUUUUGUAUUUUAGAGAUAAAAGUAAUAACCAAGAUCAAUUCAAUAUCUGUUAAAUUUGUCAUUGUCUUACAUUGUGUUAUCACUUUAUCAAGACAGGACCGAAGGUUUAUAUAAUCUGUCUAUUUAUUUAUGUCUUAAUUUUGAAUCAUUUCAUUUUAUUUUUUUUAUUAUUUAAU